UACGAAUUUUUCACGUGGUGUUUGAAAUAAUUCUCACCUGGAUGUUUCAUUAGUCAUUUCGAGAUGGGGUUAUACAGUGUGGCUGAUUACGAGAAACGAGCUCAAGAGAUUCUAUCGAGCAGCGUAUGGGAAUAUUACGACUACGGAAAAGAACGACGAUUGUGCCUGCAGGACAGUAUCAACGCAUUUUCAAGGUACCGAAUCAGAAGUCAGGUACUCCAGGAUGUUUCGAAGCGGAGUUUAGCCACCACUGUCCUUGGGCAGCCCCUCAAGUAUCCCAUAUGCGUCGCACCAACAGCCAUUCACACGUUUGCACACCGGAACGCCGAAAAAGAAACGGCCAAAGGCGCAGAAGCUGCGGAAACAUUAAUGGUGCUGUCUGCUGAUUCGGGCUUUCCAAUGUCCGACGUUGCAGCUGCAGCCCCCAACGGUCAUCACUGGAUGCAGUUGUAUCCAUUUAACGAUCCUCUACUCACGUUGUCAGUCAUUCGACGAGCUGAGAGUCUAGGGUUCAAAGGCCUGGUCGUUACAGUGGACUCCCCCGCACGAGGACUGGACCUCCGAAUGACCGAAAUAUUCCAAGAACCUCAUAUCAAAAACAACCCAGACCUCCGAAUGCCGGUAUUUGAAGCUGAUAUCCCAUCGUCACGUGCAGCCACAGCAGAGGGCGACUCGAAACUCAUCAAAUAUUUUAGAAAAAUGCAAUAUAAUCCUACUGCUACUUGGGACUAUAUUAGAUGGAUGAAAAGCCAAACCUCUCUACCAAUUGUUUGCAAGGGGAUACUAACAUCUGAAUCUGCAAAAGCUGCCGCAGACGCAGGGGUUGAUGGGAUAAUAGUAUCAGCCCAUGGAGGAAGACAAAUGGAUGGCGCUCCUGCUCCGAUCGAUGCCCUGGCUGAAGUGGUGGACGCUGUCCGUGGUCGAGAUAUCGAAGUCUAUAUGGACGGCGGUGUAAGGACAGGAACAGAUGUCUUCAAAGCUCUUGGGAUGGGCGCACGGGCCGUGUUUGUUGGAAGGCCUAUCUUAUGGGGACUGGCUUGCGAGGGUGCAAAGGGCGUCAAGAAUGUGCUUGAUAUACUCCGAUCUCAAUUAGAUGACGUGUUAGCAGUAAGCGGUUGCACUUCGCCUGGUUGCAUCCCUGAAGGAACAGUUGUACAUGAAUCGUAUUACCAUCGAGAUCCGAGCCGGGGCAGGGAGAAGAGCAAGCUUUAAAGCCCCACUGUACUAGUUUGGCCAUGAGGGAUUAGAC